AUUAUUCAGAAAUCAGGGCCUCAUGACCUGGGAAUUCAACCCAACCAACUCCAGCUCAACUAAAAUGGGUCGGUUCGGUUCUCGACGCCUUUUUCCCUUACCGCUCGAGUGUCGAGUUCGUUUUCUCUCUUGACUGCUAGUGCUUGCUUGCUGGCUGCUGCAACAGAAGUAGUCCUUCUCUCGUCUAUUGAACUUCAAUUGACAUUCUUCCAUGGAGGACGAUAAGCUGGGUUCAUCUGUUAAGACAAUAGAGACUGAUGGUGGCUAUUCAAUAGUUCUUGAGCUCUUUAAAAAUGACCCUCUGUUUGAUAAAAAGAAGAAACUAUUAAAUGACAAAGGCCUUGGCAUCAAGGAACAGAUAAAUCUAAAGUGCUCUUUAACUCCUGAUUCAUUAACUACUACCUAUGAGAAGAUGCUUCAAAUGGCGAGAAUUUUACACCUAGAUGAGGUAGAACUUUAUUUCAGUGAAGAUGUAUGUUCAUCCAAGGAAAUUUACAGCCCCAAGAAUGAGGUGGAGGCUCUCAAUUCGAUCCUCUUAAAAGUUGACAUGUUGUUGUCUAGUAUGCACAAGCAAAUGGAUAUUUUGAAAGUUUUUCGAGAUUCAGUUAUUGAUAGAAUACAUGAAUUAGGGGUGGACAAAAUGGAGAGUAGAGUUGAUAAAAGCUUAAGUUGUGAAAAUGAAAAGUGUUUACUUCAUUGGGGUGAAAGCAAUGGAGUAAGAACAAGGUUGCAAAUAGCUGGUAUCGAGGGGUAUGGUAGAGGAGCUUUAGCAAUUGAAGAUCUGAAUGUUGGAGACAUUGCUUUGGAGAUUCCAGUUUCCAUCAUUAUUUCUGAGGAAUGUGUUUACCAAUCUGACAUGUAUCAAAUAUUGGAGAAGAUUGAUGGGAUUUCCUCUGAGACAAUGAUGUUGUUAUGGAGCAUGAGGGAGAAGCGCAACACUAAUUCAAAGUUCAAGACUUACUUUGAUACCUUACCAGAAGCUUUUAACACAGGUCUAAGUUUUGGAGUAGAUGCAAUCAUGGCUUUGGAUGGAACCUUGAUGUUAGAAGAGAUAAUGCAAGCAAAAGAGCAUUUGCGUCUUCAGUAUGACGAAAUAUUCCCUGCACUAUGCAAUGAUCAUCCGGAUAUAUUUCCUCCCGAGCUGUAUACUUGGGAAUGUUUCCUCUGGGCUUGCGAACUCUGGUACUCAAAUAGCAUGAAAGUUAUGUUUGCAGAUGGAAAGCUAAGGACUUGCUUAAUUCCAAUUGGUGGCUUCCUAAACCAUUCGCUAGACCCGCACAUAGUUCACUACGGCAAAGUAGACUCUGCAACAAAUUCCCUAAAAUUUCCUCUGUCAAGACCAUGCCAUAAAGGAGAACAGUGUUAUCUUAGUUAUGGGAACCUCUCUAGCUCACAUCUCAUCACAUUUUAUGGCUUUAUGCCUCAAGGAGACAAUCCAUAUGAUGUAAUUCCCUUGGAUAUCAACAUUAAUGAAGCUGAGUCCGAUGAGGGCUGCCCUGUGACCAAUUGGACCACUCAUAUGGUUCGGGGUACUUGGAUGUCAAACAAUCAUGAUAUCUUCUGCUAUGGCUUACCAUCUCCAUUAUUGAACUGCUUCCGGAGGGCAAGGAGUCCUGUGCUGCAUAAUAAUAACCUUGUACAAGAAAACUUGGAAAUUGAGAAAGAAGUUCUCGAAGAUAUCCAAUAUACAUUCAGUGACAUGAUGGAAAAUCUUGGUGACAUGGAUUUCAUUGACAGAGAAAACACUAGUUGGGAUGUGAAGCUAGCUCUGGAAUUUAAAGAUCUACAGAAGAGGAUUCUCUCUUCCAUUUUAACUUCAUGUUCAGCUGGCCUCAAGCUAAUUGAAAAUAAAUUAUCAAAAUAGCAUGGUUGACCAAUAGAUGACACCAGGCUUACAAGGUGAGCUGUCUGAAAUCAUUAUUUGCGCUUCCCAUUCUAUCUUUUGAAAGAAAUAAUUCGUGGGAAAAAAAUCUAUCAUCUGGUAGAUAAAAGGGUUAUGGGGAACAAUAUUGAAUAUGGCAGUUUUUCCUGUAAUCUUUGUUUGUGGUGUUACUCCAUAUGAUCAAAUGACGACUCAUCAGCAUCUUGGUAAUCCCUCCGUGUGACAUAAGCAGCAGCACCAAGCAUGGAAUCUGACUUUUGCAAUUAACAAAUAUUUUAUCUAUAGUGCCUGUAUGUCGGAAUUCCAUAUUCUUUCAAAAUAGCAUUUUAGUGAUAUAUUAAAUAUAUGAUGACUGUAGAGAUUUCUUUGACUUGGGUUUAAAAUAGAGAGUUUAUAAGCA